UCUUGUUUCGUCUCAGCGCGAACUUCCUGAGCGGGGCGAGCCCGGCCCAGCCCAGCCCAGCCCGGCCCAGCGCUCACCCCCGGCGCCCCGAGUCCCGGGGAGGGGCGUGCGGGAUCCAGGAAGCGCAGACACGGCCGGCCGACAGGCGCUGGCAGCCUGGCACGGCUCCCUCGGCCCCUCGUUCGCAUUCGCCGGAGUUUUCCCUUCUCUCCCUGUCGGACUCGGACACGGGAACCGAGUUGGAACUGAUCUGCCCGGCGUCUGGCCCGGGGGCAGAGAGCGGGACCGGGGAGACACCGGGGCCUCGGGGUCUGGGACGAUGGGCAUCGCGGGGCAUCGGCCGGGGCCGCGGGGGCAGCCGUGACCUGAGAGGCGCCUGGUCCGGCUCGGCGGGGGGCUGCUCCGCGGGAUCCCCUACGAGCCGCGAUGAGCUCCGCGUGGAAGAGACUCCAGCGCGUGGGAAAACGCGCCUCCAAGUUUCAGUUCGUGGCCUGUUACCAGGAGCUGAUGGUGGAGUGCACCAAGAAAUGGCAGCCAGACAAGCUGAUUGUGGUUUGGACCAGGAGGAACCGACGCGUCUGCUCCAAGGCUCACAGUUGGCAGCCGGGGAUCAAGAAUCCGUAUCGGGGGAUGGUUGUGUGGAUGGUGCCGGAGAACGUGGAUAUAAUGGUGACGCUGUACCGGGACCCCCACGUGGAGGAGUAUGAAGACAAGGAAUGGACCUUUGUGAUUGAGAACGAGUCCAAGGGGCAGCGGAAGGUGCUGGCCUCGGCCGAUGUUAACCUGCAGCGCUUUGCCCGCCCCACACCUGCCCAGGCCGAGCUGAAGCUGAAGCUGAAGCCGCGCUCGGUCAAGGUGGUGGCUGCCACGCUGCAGCUCACACUGUCCUGUGUCUUCCUGCGUGAGGGCAAAGCCACGGAUGAGGACAUGCAAAGCCUGGCCAGCCUCAUGAGCUUCAAACCCAGCGACAUCGGCAACCUGGAUGACUUCGCCGAAAGCGACGAGGAUGACGAGGCAGCCAGGAGGGCGCGGCAAGAGGAUGGGAGCAGCCAGGGCACAGCGCCAACAGACACAUCGCGAGAGCUCAACACUCUUGCUGAGGAAGAGGAGAAUCCCUCGGCCCCCGGGACCAGCAGGGCAGCAGCUGGGAGAGCAACCCCCCGUGGGACACCCCGAGAGGCAGGCUCUGCCAAGGAGGAAACUGUCCGAGUGGCCGACACCCCAGAUGCCCCCCUUAGGGACACCCCCCUCCCAGCCCUGGAGCUGGUCCUACAGGGAGCAGCACCCUCCCCUCCCCCAGAGUUGAUGGGGCCCCCCCCCAGUAAGUGGUGCAGGCCAGGCCGGGAGGGCUGGGCAGAACAUGGCAGCCGGUGGGAACCCAAUGGGAGCUGCAGGGGCUGUGGAACCAGGCGCUAAGGGGAGACGGGGGCCCAAGUCCCGAAUCAGGCCCACAAGCCAGGCACAGGCCCCUCGCAGGAGACGGGACGAUGUGGUGGCAACCCCAGGGUUGAAGAGGAGGAGAAAGCAGCAGCCUUGAUGAAGCGGCCGGCAUCAGGGAGUGACACCAAGGGCAGGCCCAGUGACAUCUGGAUGCCCCGGGCGGAGAGCCCUGUCCCUGCCCCACGGCAUAAGAAACCCCUCCUGCUGGAACCCGCUGCGUCCACAGCUCCACCCCCCGAGGCGGAGCCCCCAGCAACCAGCCCAGGCCUGGUCAGCUGCAGCCAGUCGCUGCUGGAAUGGUGCCAGAAUGUCACGGCUGGCUACCGGGGUGUCCUGGUCACUAACUUCACCACCUCCUGGCGCAAUGGGCUGGCGUUCUGUGCCAUCCUGCACCACUUCCACCCAGAGAAAAUCAAUUAUGAGACCCUGGACCCUCUCGCUAUCAAAGAGAAUAACAAACUGGCCUAUGACGGCUUUGCCUCCCUGGGCAUCUCGCGGGUGCUGGAGCCGGCCGACAUGGUGUUCCUGACUGUGCCCGACAAGCUCAUCGUCAUGACCUACCUGUGCCAGAUCCGGGCCUUCUUCACGGGCCAGGAGCUGAACGUGGUGCAGAUCGCCAACCACAGCAGCCAGAGCACCUACAAGGUGGGCAAGUUCGACUCGGACCCCACCUUCUCCAUUGACCCCGCCCGCUUCUAUGCCGAGCGCUUCCAAGGUGCCGCAAGGGGACCUGAGGAGCCUGGGAGCACUGCCCCUGCUGCAAGGGAUGAUGGGAAGGCAGCAGCCAAUAAAAUUGUGACAGGAGGAGCUGAAUUGGCCAAGAAACUGGAGACAGAACGCACCGCCCCAAAGGAUGCUGGGACUGAUGCCAAGACAGGUGAUGCAAAGGAUGCUGGGAAAGUGACUGUAAAUGGCGCCAUAUCCCAAACAGCUGUGCAAUCAGAGGUGGAGCCCUCUGUCACAAAGGAUGCUGGGAAGGUGCCAAUCAAUGGUGCGACAACCAAGCCAGCCAUGAGUCCAGAGGCAGAGACACCCACCCCAAAGGAUGGAGGGAGCAAAGCCGCAAAGGAUGCUGGGAAAGCAUUGGUCAAUGGUGCAAUGUCCCAAUCGGCCAAGAAACCAGAGGCAGAGCCUCUUGCCCCAGAGGAUGCUGGGAAGGUGCCAGCCAAUGGUGACGAGAAGCUGGUGCCCCCUCCACGGCUGAAGCGUCAGUCUGUACGGAACGGGGAGGCACCGGACCAGGCUGAGCGAUCCCUGCAGCGCUCGCUGUCCACGGGCAGCCAGGGCCCUGUGGCCCCACCACGCUCCCAUGGCAGCAAGUCGGGCUUCUCCCACGUGCGUGAUGCAGACCUGCUCAAGAAGCGGCGCUCGCGGCUCAAGAGCGAGUCACUGUCGAUGGAUGAGGGGGAGGCAGGCAGCCCCCCAGGGGAGACACCACGGAGGAGGCCUGAUUGGCUAGGAACGGAUGACCGUGAAGGCAUGAUGACCCCCAAGGCAGGACCCCCUGCCUCCGCCAGGACUCAGCAGCCCCCAGAGAUAGCCCCCUCCUCCAGUGCUAGCACCCAGGAGCCGUCCCGGGAUCCCAGCAAGGAAACCAGCACCGCAGAGGAGGAGGUUCCGCGGUUCCAAGACACCAGCCAGUACGUGGUGGCCGAGCUGCAGGCGCUGGAGAAUGAGCAGAAGCAGAUUGACGCCCGGGCAGCCGUGGUGGAGAAGGAUCUGCGCUUCCUCAUGGAGUCAGGCACAAACCGGGCCCAGGAGGAGGAGCUGAUCCAGGAGUGGUUCACACUGGUCAAUAAGAAGAAUGCACUGAUCCGGCGCCAGGACCAGCUGCAGCUGCUGAUGGAAGAACAGGACCUGGAAAGACGAUUUGAGCUACUGAGCCGGGAGUUGAGAGCCAUGUUAGCUACUGAAGACUGUCUCAAGACAGAAGCCCAGCAGAGGCGGGAGCAGCUCCUAUUGGAGGAACUGGUGUCGCUGGUGAACCAGCGGGAUGAGCUGGUGCGAGACCUGGACAUCAAGGAGAGAAUAGCCUUGGAGGAAGAUGCCAGGCUGCAGCGGGGCCUGGAACUGCGACGGCGCAAAUACAGCCGCAAAGAUAAGUGCCGCAUUAGCUAAGAGGCAAAUGGCCACUGCACAGUCCUUGUCAGUGUCCUGUGGCUGGGAUACUACCCAGGAUGCCUGCCUGCCUCUUAAAGGGCUCCAAGGUUUGCCUGCUGCUGCUGUUACCUCAGUGCCUCACUGUGUUGCCCCUUGUACAUUUUGCUGGUUUCCCUUCCAGUCUGGCCCCGCUCUAGGACAGAUGCAGUUUCCCAGCCUUCUCUAAUGAAUACCAAGGGGAGCACAGGGAGCCUGGCUGUCCCCUAUGGCAGAGGGAAACAGUCUGCUGGGGGCAGGGUGGGGCUAUUUAUUUUUGUGUGUGUGAGAGACUUUGUUCAGCUGGGUGUCCCUUCCCCACCCUGUCAGCUGCCAUUUCACAGCCAAGUUGUUGGGGUUUUAUCAUGGUACAAAAAGUUGAUGUGGGUUUAGGGAGGGCAGAGAACAGACGUGCCUUGACAGUGCCAUCCAGCCAUGUAUUGUAAUGGCAAGUUUCAAUUCCUUGUUCCCUGGGUAUUUGCACUAAUUUGUAACUGUUUGAAAUAUGAAAUAAAGAGAUGUGAAAGCAAACUCA